UCCCCGGAGCUGCACGCGCUGUCGGGAGGAGCCGCGCGGAGGAUUUGAACGUUUUAACUUUUAAAAGACUUUAAAAACUAAACUGUGAGCAGCUUCCGGUUUCUAACGUUUCGCAUUCAAACUUUAUUUCUGUUUUAUUACGAGAUUCUGAGAUCUGAGAUCAGAUCUGAGUCCGUUUCUGUUCCCGUCUGAACGGAACCUGGAGGAUCCGGAUCAGAACCAUCAGAAGGACUGACCCGGACCAGGACCCGGACCAGGAGGAUGUCUCGGGCGGAGGAGCGCGAGGAGGCGGACUGUGUGUGCUCGGUCGGGAUGAAGUUCACGUGGGACAUCAACGACCCCAAACUGCCGCAGGACACGAAGCAGUUCGACCCGUUCCAGGAGUGGACAGACGGUUACGUUCGCUUCAUCUACAGCGGUGAAGAUAAGAACGCUCAGAGACAUCUUUCCGGCUGGGCGAUGAGAAACACCAACAAUCACAACUGUCAGAUCCUGAAGAAGUCGUGUCUAGGCGUGGUGGUCUGUUCUCGAGGCUGCACGCUGCCCGACGGGUCCAGACUGCAGCUCCGCCCCGCCAUCUGUGACAAGGCACGGCAGAAACAGCAGAAGAAGCUGUGUCCGAGCUGUAACGCCACUCUGGAGCUGCUGCCGUGUCGCGGUCACAGCGGUUACCCCGUCACCAACUUCUGGAGAGUUGACGGAAAGGCCAUCUUCUUCCAGGCUAAAGGAGUCCAUGAUCAUCCCAGACCAGAGUCCAAGUCCGAGACUGAAGCCAGAAGAAGUUCAGUGAAGAGACGAGUCAGCUCGCCGCCGUUCACACCCAAGAGACGACUCAUCGAAACACAGGCUCUGGGCCCUGCCCUCCUCUCGUGCGUCGAUCCAUCAGACAGAAUCUCUUUCAUCGAGCCGAAUUUCCCGCAGCAUUACCCAGCAUUCCAGAGCCCAGAGCCCUACUACAAUCCCCACAAUGCACUAGGGGAGGCCCCGCCCACACUUCAGAAACCAGCCAAUCCCAGGCUUUACAUGGGCCGGCCCAGCUAUGAGUUUCAAGGAUACCUGACCUCGCCUUCGUAUCCCAUGACCUCUGACCUCUGUGACCCCAGGGUGGCCCCCGUCCUGGGUUCCUCCUCCUCCUCCUCUUCAUCGUCGGCUCCUCUCUCCUCCUCCUCCUCCUUUGAUCCCCAGACGAAGUCUCCUGCAGGCUGGAAGGACCUGCUGAAGAGCUCCGCCCCCUACGGUGACAAUCACCACUAUUACAGCACCGAGUACCCCUGCCGUUACCCCAGCAACGCCCCAGGGUCCCCUGCAGCGCUGCAAACUAUCAUUACCACGACAACCAAGGUCUCCUAUCAGCCCUGUCCAAAGCCUCCUGCAGCACUCCCUUCCUACCAGUCGUGUCCUAAACCUCCGGCCGGCCUCCCAUCCUACCAGCCCUGCGCCCCACCGAAACCUCCAGGCCUCCCCAGCUGCUCUUCCCUGAUGGACGAUGCCUCCCCCUCCUCGUACUCCACUGAGGUGAAGGUGAUGGAGGAGUCGGGCGGAGUCAUCAAGUCUCUAUCAUUUCAGCCAGAACCUCUGCAGACCAAAACAGAGCGGGCCGACAGCUACGACUACCGUUACGCCUACCCCAACACGUACCGCUACGACGACUACUGACACAGCACUACCCCCAAUGCCAUAACCACAACUACUGUUACCACGACUACUGUUACCAUGACUACUGCUACGCCUAUCCCAACACGUGCCGCUAUGACUACUGACGCAGCACUACCCCCAAUGCCAUAACCAUAUUUACUGUUACUACGACUACUGCUACACCUACCCCAACAUGUACCACUACAAUGACUACUGACACAGCACUAGCCCCAACGCCAUAACCACAAGUACUGUUACCACGACUACUGCUACGCCUACCCCAACACGUACUGCUAUGACGACAAAUGAUGCAGCACUACCUCCAUUGCUGUUACUAUGAUUACUGAUACUACAACUACAAGUACAACAAUUGCUACUGCCAAAACAGAUACUUGAUCUACCACAAACUGUUUAGAACAAUAACUACUGAAUUACGUAUUGAAAUACUGCUACGACUGGACGGUUCAGAAGCUGAGAGGAUAUGGAUCUUCAGGACUAGAUUCUAACUAAACCAAAACUUUGGCCCAUGAGAAAGUUUCUGAAGACAUUCAUGGAGUACUUUCUUGUUCCCUAAGGAAGAUCCUUUUCCAUCUCUGACACUCUAGCUUUCCUCUAGCGCCCCUUUCAGGAAAAAACGUCUGAACUUUUUACACAAGAUUGGAAUUAAAUUUAACUGGGAUCUUAAAAACCAGGAUUGGCCAAAAAUCCACAACAAAAGGCCCAACUUACUUGGUGUUUCUGGAGCUUUCAGCCACAUCUCAUGGCCUUCCUCAGUGAAUGGAAUUGCAAUUGUCAUAAAAUGUCACAUGACUUAAAUGUGGACUUUUGGGGGAUGCCAUCCCCGUUGUUAGCCUGUGGGAAGGUUGAACAUGUAAGAGUCUGUCCAUUCUUGAUUAAAAGUUCUGUUUCUUUUAAUCAGGAAUGGUGUGUUGGGGGUUAAAAAUGAAGAAAUCGCCUAAUGGGUACAGAUGGUCGAAUAUGGGGUGGAGAUGUGGAGAUGGUCUCUGCAGUCAGAUGCAUGUUACCAUGUGAGUGAGUUGCGUCACUUCCUUUAGAGUCCUCAGAAGUAAGACUUUUGGUCAUGUGAUAACAAACUAAACCAUCCCCAUUUGCAACUGAGCAACUCUGUAUGCUGAGGUAGACCAUGAGAUGUGGCUGAAAGCUUCAUCAACAGCAAGUAAGUGAACUUUGUUUUGGGAAUGUUUGGCUAAACUGUUGAACCUUCAAGCUCAGGAUUCAGUUAUUUUGAGAUAAUGUUAAACCAUAAAUUACCUCAGAAAUAACCUGAUCUUUAUUUCUAAUGUCCUCUGUUUUAUAUUUGAACAUAUUUUAGUAAGAAGCCUCCCUGUUUCUGAUCUGAUUAAUUAAGAAUAUUAAAUAUUAGAUUUUCUUCAAAGAUGUUUUUAAAAUGUCACUGGAUUCAGACAGUUUAUUGAACCUGUGGGAUUUAUCUUCAUGGAUGUUUCUGUCGUUUGGGUUAUUUAUUGUCAGUAAACCGGUUAGACUUACCUACAGUAUGAAACUGAACUGGACCGUCUCUGAUGCUGAAUGAAAGAACAAACAAACUGAGUAAAUCAGUUGUUGACUGAAGAGAUCUGUGACAUGAAAAUAUGUCAAAAUGUGUCUGUCUGAACUGAACUGAAGUCUCACAUUAAACGAACUGUUGUACAGAC